GCUCGUGACGUCACAACCCAGCAUAUACCGGAAAAAAGGGGAAAAUGCCAUACCGAGAAUGUAAUAAUCAUCGAUAAGACUAAGAGGAAACUCUGUCAUGAAAUGAUUUUCAACUGUAUUUCAGGCCAAGAGUGUACGAUGUAGAGUAAGAUGAGAUUGAUGGCAUGACCAAGCCAAGGCAACCCCGACCUCUCAAUGGUUGGAUGGCAUCAUCGUCUGGCCACGACACAUUGUUACAGUACCCAUUACCAAGCAGUGCCAUCCGGGCAAGGAAAAGCAAAAGACGCCCUCCUCAUACAGACCCACCCACUGCCAUGGCCACCUCGCUCAGUCCCCGCUCCGUACAUAACAACAGAGUCUCUUCUCUCUCCAUGCCGUUGAACAUGCUGUCCCCUCGUAGUAUCCAGCCAUCCUUGAUAUCACCGAGAACAAUGGCCGCUGCAUCCCAGCAACUCCAUGACCUGACCCACGAACAGUACCAGGAGAGGAGGCGACCGCGUCAGAUCAUCUUCUUCCGCAACGGUGACCGUUUCUUCAAGGGGAAGAAGAUGUUGAUAACACCACAUCGGUACACCUCGUUUGAGGACCUUCUGAGUGAACUCACCAGGGACAUGAAGCUACCUUACGGUGUAAGGCAGAUCUUUACACCUGAUGGUACAAAGGUCAGAGACAUUGAGGAACUUAAGAAUGGAGAGUCUUAUGUCUGCGCUUCUUUUGAGAGGUUAAAGAAGAUCAAGUAUAAAUCCUCCACAGCGUUUCCUUCCUGGAAUACAGGCGGUCAAAGGAGGGAUCCAAAAAGCGAUGCACAUCUUUACACACACAUCCCUGUUGGGUUGUCGUACCCCACAGAAGGAAAGUAUGCAGAGAUGUACGGCAGGACAACCUUUGGCUCCGGUCACACAGGGCCAGGUUCAUUUGCUCACAACAGGGGUAAACCUGGAGCAAGUCUUGAUGGAGAUUCCAAAGCCUUAGGGAUCCUCCACUCAGACCGAAGCCCUAUCAAGCCUAGGGUUGUCAAGAUUGUCAAGACUGGACCAAAGCCGCGGAAGAUGGUGUCUUUACUGAUCAACAAACGUAGUGUACAGUCUUAUGAACAAUUGAUCCAGGAUGUGUCGGAUGCCUUUGGAAUGCCCAAGUACAAGAACAACAGGGUACGGAAGCUGUAUACGUUGAAGGGGAAAGAGGUGAAGAGUCUGGUUGAUUUUUAUAGAGACAAAGAGGGUGUGUUUAUUGCAUCUCCAUCCAGAAGCAGCCUCACAGAUGAUGCCAUUCUUGAUAUUUAUGAAGAACUGUUCCCAGACAAUCCAUAUGCCCAGACCAUCCGCAAAAGAAAGGGGAAAAGGAAAGAUGGAACGAAACAUGAUAGCGGAAUAAGUGAUGAAGAAGUCAAGGUAGGGAAGAACAAAAGAGACAAAAAUAAACUGAAAGACAGUGAUUCUAGAUUGCAUGAUAGCAGGGAGUCAGAUUUGACAACUGAUGAAUCUAAUCUGAAUCCAAAGGACAAUGAAAGAAAGAGGGAUGAGGAACUGGAGAGGAGAAGGAAGGAGUUAGAAGAGAGAAUGCAGGGGGAUAUCAAGAAGAGGGAAUCAGAUUUGCAACAGAGGGAAGAAGAAUUAAGGCUAAAGGAAGAGGAUUUGAAGAGGAAGGAACAGGGUGACCGGGAGAGGAAGGACAGAGAACGAGAAGAAGAACUGGCAAAAAAGGAGGCAGAAUUGAGAGUGAAGGAGGAAGAGUUGAAGAGGAGAGAGAGAGAAGAGGGACAGAAACUUCAAGAACUCUUGGAAGCUGAUUCGCAGCAUAAAAUAGAGGGCGCUAGAUUGAAAGCACAAGCUCAGACAGAGAGAGAAGCCAGAGAAGCAGCGGAAAGGAGAGCAGCAGAUGAAGCAUCAAGAAGAGAAGAAUCAGAGAGAAAGGCAAAGGUUGAGAUUGAGAGAAGAAAUAGAGAUGAAGAAGAUCUCAAGAGGAAAGAGGAAGCAGAGAGGAGAGCAAGACUUGAAGCAGAAAUGAAUGUCAAAGAAAAAGAAGCAAGGAGAGCAUCAGCAGAGAGAAGAGCACGCGAUGAAGGAGAGAAGAGACUACAGCAAGAACAGAAGCUCAAGGAGAAAGAAGAGGCAGAACGAGAAGCAAGAGAAGCAGAGAGGUUGGCCAGGGAGGAAGCACAAAGUAGGGCAAUGUCAGAGAAGCAGGCAAGGGAUGAAGCAGAGAGGAUAGCAGAAGAAGCGUUGCGAUACAAGGAGGGACAAGAAGAGGAGCGCAGGAAACGAGAGGAUGCAGAGAGGCUUGCGCAGCUUGAAGCAGACCUAAGGAAGGAAAGAGGUAGACGUGCAGAUGAAGAUUCCAAUCACAAGAAGGAUUCUGAAGGUUCUCCCUCACCUUCUGGCUCUCCGAGGGAUGCCAAUGACAACAUUGACUACAAAAAAGAUGAAGGUGACACUCCCACUCCAGAGCCACCCAAAGAAAGAUUUAUUCACCAGCCUCGAACUCUUGUGAAGAAGUCUGACAUCUUAGUGAAAUAUGAUAUUGGGGCUAAGAUCGGUGAUGGUAACUUUGCAGACGUCCAUGAAGCAACUCAGAAGAAGACCGGAGACGAAUUUGCCUUGAAGGUCAUUGAGAAGGCUAAGGUUAAGAACAAGGAACACAUGGUGGAGAAUGAGAUAGCUAUCAUGAAGCACGUUCGUCAUCCUAACAUUGUGAGGCUGUAUGAGGAGUAUGAGACUCGGGGUCAUAUCUACCUGGUGAUGGAGUAUGUAACAGGAGGUGAUCUCUUUGAUGCUAUCACAGAAAGUGUCAAGUUCACAGAGAGAGAUGCUGCUUUGAUGGUGACUGACCUGGCCAAGGCUCUUAAGUACCUCCAUGAUCUGAAUGUGGUGCAUCGUGACUUGAAACCUGAAAACCUCCUGGUGAAUAAAUCAGAAUCGGGAGAGAUCACGCUGAAGCUUGCUGACUUUGGUCUGGCAAUGGAAGUCAAGGAGCCCAUCUAUACUGUGUGUGGUACACCUACAUAUGUAGCACCAGAGAUCCUUGGAGAGAAAGGAUAUGGUUUGGAGGUGGACAUGUGGGCUAUUGGAGUGAUCACCUACAUCCUGCUGUGUGGGUUCCCUCCUUUCAGGAGCCCAGAUAGAGACCAAGAGGAACUCUUUGAACUCAUCCAGGAAGGAGCAUUCUCUUUCGUUGCACCUUACUGGGAUAACAUCUCUUCAGCUGCCAAGGACCUGAUUAAUCACCUUCUCGUGGUGAACAAGGAGAAACGCUACACUGCGGGUCAGGUUCUUAAACAUCCUUGGGUCACCAGUGAGGGCGCUGCAGGCAAACAGAUCAAUCUACAGAGGGAGGUGUCCAUGAAUCUAGAGAAGAACUUUAAGGAUCGACGAAGCGCUAAACGGAAGCCAAUUGCCCCUAAGAACUGAAGCAAAAAUUUAUAAGUGAAUGGAACACUUCAUGUAAAUACAAAUGAGCACAAAAUUCAUUAUACAAUACCAUACCUGCCAACAUCACUGACAAGUUAGAAACUUGUAUUAAUGUUUCCUUCAUUGUAUUUAAAUUUUCUAUGACAACAAGUUUUCAUUUAAGUGUAACUAAAUUUAACAAUUUUAUGAAGUGAUUUAAUUAGCCCACAAUUGGAUAAUUUUCGUGCACAUUCUAAAAGAGAGUGAAUUAUAUUUUCAUUGAAACUAGGAAAUGUUAUAAAAUAUGUGUAAAAUCUGAAAUACCUGUGUCAUUCUGUUUUAAAUACACUCUAUAUAUAUAUAUAUAUAUAUAUAUAUAUAUAUAUAUAUAUAUAUAUAUAUAUAUUUAGAAAGUCUUGACAAUUGCAGGGUUGAUUUUUUAAUGUAAGAAGUGAAAUAAAGACAAUUUAUAAUCAUGUUUUGAUAAAAAUUGAAUCACAUGCACUGUAUUCCUUAUACCAAUGGUACCCUCUUUGUCUGUUUGUGACAUAUUGUACAUGCAUCUUGUCCAACAGUAUGUCUCUUCAGAAGAUAUAAAAAGACCUGUUUGAUCAAAGAUCUGUUUAGAGAUGGUCUGUAUACCUCAGGAAUAUAUACUAAUAUUUGACUGUCGGUUGUGAUGGUGUCUUGUUUGUGAGGUAUAUUUAUUCUAUGUGACAUGGCUGUCAGUUUUCUGUCAGCUUUUUGAUUUCAUGUUGAAUGUGAAGAUAUCAUUUAUAUAGCAGGGAGGGUAGGCUUUUCUGAAUACUGAUCCAGAUUACAGUGACACUGCAGUUCUUGUUUCAAUAUUUACUUUAGAAUGUACUGAUCAUGUAAAGAGAAACUAAAAUACUGAUAAAAGCCAUUUUGCCAUUUUGAAUUGAUUUUGUAGGAAUCUGAUAAUUGGGAGGAGGGGGGGGGGAUUAAAAGUUUAUUUUAAUCAACCAUAGAGUACUAAAAGAUUUAUAAUUAUUUUAAUUACUAUUUUAGGGAAAUUUUGAAGGAUACUUUACAAUAUGGUAUCUAUGAAUACAUUGUACAGUACUUGUAUUUGAUAUUUAUAAAUUUGAAGUCUUUCUUAUUUGAACGAUUUGAAAAUCUAUUUAUCGGGAUGAUACAACUUUAAUAGGGUUAUGUAUGUAUAACAGCAAGCUGCCCAGUGGUAUGCUCGCUCAAUAUGCUGAUAUCAAACUUCUCAGUGAAAUAUACCUCCUCAGGAAGAAGAAGAAUAACCUUCAUUCAAUGUGACUUCAUGCUCUAGGCAAACAUGUUAGUAGUAGGCCUACUAGAAGUUAUUGUGCCCGCCCGCAUAGAAGCUUGAUCAUGAAUCUUUGUCAAUUCAUAGUUUUGUUUGCUACUGUUGGUAUAUGCAUCUGUUUUUAUAUUAGAAAGUUUUCAAUGAAGUUUUUUUUAUCUUGAGCGCUUGUAGAAUUAAUGUAGUAGAUUCAUAUUUCUUAAAGAAAUGCAUCAGAACUAGUCUAUGUAUGUUAUACUUUGAUGUAUAUAUGUCAAAAGCAUCUCGUGAAUCAGCAACUCUGUGUUUAUCCAAGAUUGUAAAUAUUAAUGUAUGGUGUGUGAAAUAUGUAGAUUAUCAGACUAUAAAUGCUUACACAGAAAGAAAUGAUUUGGUAAAAACAUUACAUCUUUCAAACCCAGUCAGCUUGUUACAUUGGUUUGUAGGUAUAACUGCACAAUGUACAAAAAGUCAACAUUUCUUAAGAGAAUAUAUAUGUACUACCUCUAUAUACAAACCUGGUAGGAUAAAUAUAUGAAAGUGCAUCUUACUGUAUAUGUGAAGUUGUUGAAAUUAUAAAGUUCAGUCAAUAAAAAUGCUACAAUAAAAGUUGAUUUCUUCAUAUGUGAUAUCAUCAUAUGAUAUCAUCAUAUGAUUAUUUUGAGGCACUGACCACAGGUAAUGUCAGAAAGCAUAUUGAAGUGCAUCCAGAAGUUACAGGUACCAAUAACAGUGGUUAAGUUAGAAAUCUUUUUUUUCCCUUUUUUUUCUACAAUGCAAAUGAAUCAGCUUCAGAUCUUUCAUUGAAGUUAUUUCCUCAAACUGUGAAAUCUGAUGUUUUAUGCUGAGUUUCUCAUCUAGAAUGAUAGAAGUCAUAUAUGAGGAAGCCCAAAAUGCUUGCUAUGGGAUUCUAGUUGAUGAAAAGGUAGUACAGGAUCACUCACUCAUACAUGUCCUCCUGUUGUCUGUCAGUACAUGUAUAGAACUUUCAAACACCCAAGGAGAUGGGCUUUCUCCCCAUCCAAUAAUAGACGAUAGUACAUGAUGAUGAAGCAUAUGCACACCAAUGGUUUCUAUGAUGAACUAUCUGUACUAUGACUAAAGUAUCUUUGUACCUACUUGGGGAGUUGGAAUCAAGGGUCAAGGAAACUACAUUGUAUACACACAGAGUCAGGUCUGUUUGUAUAAACAUUACUCGCACAAGUAUCUUUAGAAACUUGGAGAUAAAAUGAAUAUUUUAACAAUGCUAUCCAUCAUGCAAAUAUACUACUUUCAAUUAUUCUUAUAUACAAGUUCAAGCCUCCAUUUGGACAUUAUUGGAGUGGAGGGAUUUGUGCAGUUUAGAUUUGCAUCACUGCAUAUCAUUAUUGUGUAGUUUAAUAUAUUACAAAAUGUACCAUUUGCAUUACUUCCAGUAUGCACAUUGUCUGAUGUCUAUUCCUACAGUUCAGUUGUAUAUCUCUUCCAUCAUUUCAGUAUGAUAACACCUUGAACAACAAUAUAUAUUAUUAUCAGAGCAAGAAAUGUUUUUAUGUUUAGAUUUACAAAUCAUGUACAUUAAUCUAAAGUUUUAUAGAUCUUGUGUGUCAUACUUUUUUGUUGAAAGCUAUUCAAAGUCAAAUUAAUUUGGGGAACAUUUUUUAUUAGGAUAACUAUUUCAUGUAAUCCUAGCUCUAGUCUUGAUUUAUCUGUAAAGAUUUGAAAAUUGGUCCUCCAGAUUAUCAAAACACAUGCUUUAUCAUAUAAUGACUAGUCCUUUAGUUUGAAAGUUUAUCAUUCAAAGAUGUUACAGGGGAGUUAUGUGGAAUUUCUAUGAGCAAUUUCCACCCAUAAUUGGUUUGACUUUGAAUUAAUGCUCAUUGUUGUAUAUGUGAAAGGAAUCGGAUAAAUAGCUGCAACCUAUAUCUGUUUGUGUGAAUGUAGAAUCAGUCAACAACUUAAGUACGCCUUCUAGUGCCUUUAACUACCUUUCUGCCCUAGUGUAUUGUUUUCUUCUAAUGCAACAAUGAAGCCUUGAAAGUAUAAUCUAAUAAAUUCAAUCAAAGAUAUA